CUCCAUAUAUAGAUGUAUCAGUCUGAGAUCACUUACAGCCUUCUGAUCGUCUCUCAUCGUCUCUCUAGCUACACUUCCGUUCCAUCUACUUUCCAUCCUCUGCAGUAUUAUUUUCUUUGCUAUUUCAAAUAUGGCUGAACAAAUUCCAUUCGGUAUUGCUGAGAACCUUUUGAUGAAGCUGGGCUCUGCUGUUUUCCAUGAAAUUGGAUUAAUGUAUGGUGUCCGAGGUGAGCUGAGUAAGCUUAAGGAGAAACUGUCCACCGUCGGAGCUGUGCUUCUUGAUGCUGAGGAGAAGCAGGAGAGCAGCUGCGCAGUAGCAGAUUGGGUCAGGAGGCUUAAAGAUGUUGUGUAUGAUGCUGAUGACUUGUUGGACGACUUUGCAACCGAAGACUUGAGGAGAAAGACUGAUGAUCGUGGAAGAUUUGCGGCACAAGUGAGUGACUUCUUCUCACCUUCGAAUCAACUUGCUUUUCGAUUUAAGAUGGCUCAUGGAAUAAAGGCUAUUAGAGAAAGGCUAGAUGAUAUUGCAAAUGAUAUCUCCAAGUUCAAUUUAAUUUCCAGAGUUAUGUCUGAUGUCCGGGUAAGGAAUAAUGGGAGGGAGACGUGCUCUGUUGUGGAGAAAUCUCAUAAAAUUGUGGGUAGAGAAGAAAACAAAAGGGAGAUAAUAGAGUUGUUGAUGCAAUCAAGUACUCAAGAAAAUCUGUCAAUGGUUGUGAUUGUAGGCAUGGGGGGCUUAGGCAAGACCACCCUUGCUCAGUUGGUAUACAACGACCAAGGGGUGGUAAGCUAUUUUAAUCUUAGCAUGUGGGUCUGUGUUUCCGUUGAUUUCGAUGUUGAAGUACUCGUUAAAAACAUCUUAAUGUCUGCGACUAAUGAAGAUGUGGGAAACCUACGCUUAGAACAAUUGCAAAAACGUCUGCAAGAAAAGUUAGAUGGGAAGAGGUACUUGCUUGUGUUAGAUGAUGUCUGGAACGAGGACAAAAGGAAAUGGGGUCAGUUCAUAACCUUAUUGCCUGUUGGUGCAAAUGGGAGUAAAAUCUUGGUGACCACUCGAAGCACAAGAGUUGCAUCAGUUAUAGGAAUUGAUUCCCCAUAUAUUGUGGAAGGUCUUAAAGAUGACGAGUCUUGGGAUUUGUUUGAAAGUCUUGCAUUUAAAAAGGCAGAAGAGCAAAUGCACCCAAACCUUGUAGCCAUAGGAAAAGAUAUUGUAAAGAUGUGCAAAGGAGUUCCUCUUAUCAUCGAGACUUUAGGCAGAAUGUUGUACUUCAAAACCCAAGAAAGCCAUUGGUUGAGCAUUAAAAAAAAUAAAAAUCUUGUACAUCUUGGAGAAAAAAAUGAUAUUUUACCGAUAUUGAGGUUAAGCUAUGACAAUCUCCCCGUCCAUUUGAAACAAUGUUUUGCCUAUUGUGCAUUGUUUCCCAAAGAUUAUAUAAUUAAAAAAAAGUUGUUAGUACAACUAUGGAUGGCACAAGGUUACCUUCAACCAUAUGAUGAGAAUAUAGAUUUAGAGGAUGUUGGUAAUCAAUAUUUUGAAGAUUUAUUGUCAAGGUCAUUGUUUCAAAAAGUUGAAAAUAAAUAUGAUAACAAUAUGUUAAGUUAUAAAGUGCAUGACUUAAUUCAUGAUCUUGCACAAUCCAUUGUAAAUUCGGAGGUUAUCAUUGUUACUGAUGAUGUGAAGAUCAUUUCACAAAGAAUUCAUCAUGUGUCAUUAUUUACAAAACACAAUGAAAUGCUCAAGGGUUUAAUGGGCAAAUCCAUCAGGACUUUCUUUAUGGACGCCGGCUUUGUGGAUGAUCAUGAUAGUUCUAUAACUAGACUCCUUUCAAGCUUAAAAGGUUUGCGGGUAAUGAAGAUGAGUUUCUUCUUACGACAUAAGGCUCUGUCAUCUUUAGGAAAACUAAGUCAUCUAAGAUAUCUUGAUCUUUCUUAUGGGUGGUUUGAAAACCUCCCAAAUGCUAUUACAAGAUUGAAGCAUUUACAGACAUUGACGCUUUUCAAUUGUAUACGUCUAAAAGAAUUGCCGAGAAAUAUGAAAAAAUUGAUCAACCUGAGGCAUCUUGAGAUUGAUGAAGUAAAUAAAUUAAGUUAUAUGCCACGUGGUUUGGGAGAUUUGACUAAUCUUCAAACCUUGCCAUUAUUCUGGGUAAGGAAUGAUGGUGGGGAAUCCAGGCACAAGAGAAUGGGUAGGUUGAAUGAACUGAGAUUCCUUAACAAUCUCAGAGGACAACUACAAAUUAAAAGGCUUUCAAAUGCAAGGGGCAGUGAAGCUAAGGAAGCCAUGUUGGAGGGUAAACAGUACCUUGAGUGCUUGAGAUUAGAUUGGUGGAAACUACCAGCUACCCAGGAGAGUGAGGAGGCAAUGUUAGUAAUGGAAUGCCUGCAACCACAUCCAAAUCUGAAGGAGCUCUUCAUAGUUGAUUACCCAGGUGUGAGAUUCCCAAAUUGGAUGAUGAAUGAUGGGUUGGAUUUGCUGCUCCCAAACCUAGUCAAAAUACAAAUAUCGUCUUGCGACAGAAGCAAAGUUCUGCCACCUUUUGCACAACUCCCUUCUCUUAAAUAUCUAGAACUUUCCAAUCUAAUAGCUGUGGAGUGCAUGAUGGAUUACCCUUCAUCAGCAAAGCCAUUCUUCCCAUCUCUGAAGACACUCCAACUUUCUGAUUUGCCUAAUUUGAAGGGAUGGGGAAUGAGGGAUGUAGCAGCAGAGCAAGCUCCUUCAUAUCCUUAUCUUGAGGAUCUACGGCUGGACAACACCACUGUGGAGCUAUGCUUACAUUUGAUCUCUGUCUCUUCUUCAUUGAAGUCUGUGUCUAUUAGACGCAUAAAUGAUCUGAUAUCUCUGCCAGAGGGGCUUCAACAUGUUUCCACCCUACAAACUCUCACAAUUAGGGGUUGCUCUAGUUUGGCAACUUUACCAGACUGGAUCGGCCGCCUCACAUCACUUUCAGAGCUUUGCAUUGAAAAGUGCCCUAAUUUAACAUCACUGCCAGAAGAGAUGCGAUCCCUCCGCCAUCUACACACACUUAAAAUCAAUGGAUGUCCAUACUUAUAUGAAAGAUGCCAAAAGGAAACUGGUGAAGAUUGGCCUACGAUUUCUCAUAUUCCCGAAAUUAUCAUUCGGCGAUGGUGAAGCAGAUAUGUGAAGCUUGCCUUGUCUCUUUAAUGAAUGCGUCAUCCACAAUAAAUUUCGGCGGAGGAUAACCGAUGCAUAUGGAACGAGUUAGCUCACUUACAUCACAUUCCCAACCUAUACUCUUUUUAGCAUGUUGUCCAUACUUUGUCUCCACUAUUCAGUAGAACAACAAUAUACCACUUGAGCAAGGAGCACAUAUCAUUGAAUCCAUGUGGUAAGUGGUUAAUUCUCGUCUCUCAAGUUUCUUGAUCGUGGGAAUCUAAAUGCUUUGGGGUGCAUGGAUAACAAUAGCGACAUAUCUCCCUCAUUUUCAUUGAGAGGCAAGUUGGUUUGAGGGGAGUAUAAAAUAAGGAGAACUAGCAGGACCAUUCUUCCCAUUCCUGCCAUGAUGGAGGAAAAGAGACGGUGGAGGGAUAGUAUCAAUAUCACUAGCAAAACAACAAAUUUGAAGGGAUUACCCAUCAUCAGCAAAGCCAUUAUUCCCAUGUCUGAGGACACUCCAACUUUUUUAUUUGCCCAAUUUGGAGGGAUGGGGAAGGAGGGAUGUAGCAGCAGAGCAAGCUCCUUCAUAUGCUUAUCUUGAGGAUCUACAGCUGGGCAACACCACUGUGGAGCUACGCUUACAUUUGAUCUCUGUCUCUUCUUCAUUGAAGUCUCUGUCUAUUAGACGCAUAAAUGAUCCGAUAUCUCUGCCAGAGGGGCUUCAACAUGUUUCCACUCUACAAACUCUCAGAAUUUCCGGUUGCUUUAGUUUGGCAACUUUACCAGACUGGAUUGGCAGCCUCACAUCACUUUCAUACCUUUCCAUUCAAUACUGCCCUGAGUUGAGAUCACUACCAGAAGAGAUGCGAUCCCUCCGCCAUCUAUACACACUCGAAAUCGGUGGAUGUCCAUGCUUAUAUGAAAGAUGCCAAAUGGAAACUGGCGAAGAUUGGCCUAAGAUUUCUCAUAUUCCCGAAAUUAUUAUUUCGCGACAUUGAAGCAGGUGGAGGAUAACCGAUGCAUAUGGAACGAGUUAGCUCACUUACAUCACAUUCCCAACCUAUACUCUUUUUAGCAUGUUGUCCAUACUUUGUCUCCACUAUUCAGUAGAACAACAAUAUACCACUUGAGCAAGGAGCACAUAUUAUUGAAUCCAUGUGGUAAGUGGUUAAUUCUCGUCUCUCAAGUUUCUUGAUCGUGGGAAUCUAAAUGCUUUGGGGUGCAUGGAUAACAAUAGCGACAUAUCUCCCUCAUUUUCAUUGAGAGGCAAGUUGGUUUGAGGGGAGUAUAAAAUAAAGAGAACUAGCAGGACCAUUCUUCCCAUUCCUGCCAUGAUGGAGGAAAAGAGAUGGUGGAGGGAUAGUAUCAAUAUCACUAGCAAAACAACAAAUUUGAAGGGAUUACCCAUCAUCAGCAAAGCCAUUAUUCCCAUGUCUGAGGACACUCCAACUUUUUUAUUUGCCCAAUUUGGAGGGAUGGGGAAGGAGGGAUGUAGCAACAGAGCAAGCUCCUUCAUAUCCUUAUCUUGAGGAUCUACAGCUGGGCAACACCACUGUGGAGCUACGCUUACAUUUGAUCUCUGUCUCUUCUUCAUUGAAGUCUCUGUCUAUUAGACGCAUAAAUGAUCCGAUAUCUCUGCCAGAGGGGCUUCAACAUGUUUCCACCCUACAAACUCUCACAAUUGAAUAUAUCUCUGGUUUGGUCACUUUACCACACUGGAUCGGCCGCCUCACAUCACUUUCAAAGCUUCGCAUUGAACACUGCCAUAAUUUGUUAUUUCUGCCAGCAGAGAUGCGAUCCCUCCGCCAUCUACACACACUUGAAAUCUGUGAUUGUCCACUCUUAUAUAGAAGAUACAAAUACAAAACUGGUGAAGUUUCGGCUAUGAUUUCUCAUAUUCCCGAAAUUAUUAUUUCGCGACAUUGAAGCAGGUUGAGGAUAACCGAUGCAUAUGGAACAAGUUAGCUCACUUACGUCACACUCCCAAUCUAUACUAUCUUUAGCAUGUUGUCCAUACUUUGUCUCCACUAUUCAGAACAACAAUAAACCACUUGAGCAAGGAGCACAUAUUACUGAAUCCAUGAGGCAAGUGGUUAAUUCUCGUCUCUCAAGCUUCUUGAUCAUGGGAAUCUAAAUGCUUUGGGAUGCAUGGAUAACAAUAGCGGCAUAUCUCCUUCAUUUUCAUUGAAAGGCAAGUUGGUUUGAGGGGAGUAUAAAACAAGGAGAACUAGCAGGACCAUUCUUCCCAUUCCUACCAUGAUGGAGGAAAAGAGAUGGUGGAGGGAUAGUAUCAAUAUCACUAGCAAAACAACAGAUUUAGAUCUGUAUAACAUCUCUUCCACAAGAGGAGCCCUAAGUGCUUACUUCUCCUAAUUUGAUUUAUUCUAUUGCAGACCAAUACCAAAGGGGUGAUGUUGAGGAUUGGAUAGAUGCUUUUCAAUAUUCCAUAAAUAAAUAUUGACAUGUUAUGGGUACCCGAGGCAUAUGGGAAGAGUUAGCCAUUCAAUUCGAUAUUUAAGCUUUGCAUGUUGUCUAUAACAUGUCUUCAUUAUUCAGGUUUAGGACCCAUUCCUCUCUUUUUUGGUUUUGUUGGUUUAUUUUCUGUUAUUUAAUUUGCUAAAAAUUCUUAUACCUUGUCUUAUAGGAAGGGUGAAACAAGGAGAAUUAACAGGAUUAUUCUUCUCAUUUCUGCCAUGAUGGAGAAACUCAAAAACUAGAUAAACUUAAAACAUAUGUCGAGGUGGUAGUGGCAUUACCAGAUAAACAACAGAAGCUUCAUUCUUGCCAUGUUUUCCUUUUCUUCCUAUUCUCCUUGAGCCGACAUCCAUGCCACUGCAUCUAUAUCUUAAGGAUCCACAGUACCAUCUCCUUCAUUUCCUUUCUCCUUCCUACAUCCAUUGAUGUCUAUGCAUAUUGAUGGCGAUAGAGAAUCCAACAUAUGUUCCAAAAAAAGGAUUUUGGUACAUCAUUUCUCUCUUAAAUUUUGACAUGCCAUUGUUUAUUUGUCCAAGUCUAGAUAUUCGAAAUGUAAAUGCUAAUGGUGGUGAAAUCUUAUGUCUUAGGGAAUUUCAGCAAGUUAAAGAUUUUUAUGUGAAAGUAGGAAUCAAUUCUAAGAACUUGAGAGGUAGCAUUCAAUAUGUAUUCACCUUACUACAGCAAAGAAUCUAACACUUUGGGUAUGUGUUCAUUCUUUAACUUAGGUAAAAUAGAUGGUAAGUCACCUCACUAAGCUUGUUGUUAUUCAUUGUCAAGCUUGAAAUCACUACUAGAGGGAUGUCAAAAGGAAGCAUGUGCAGAUUGAUCUGAUGGCUUAUCAUGUCCCAAGAAUUCAUAUCUACCAGUCUCAAAUAGCUAAUGCACAAAGGACCUAUUCUCUCUUUACAAUUCGGGUGCACUAUCUGCAAUGCAUGUUCUAAGGUUUGCUAUGCCAACUUUUUUUCCUUCUUUUGAUGGCUACUUUAUUUCUUAUUUUCCAUUCAAUUUGUUCCAAUUCUUAUUUUAUAAGUUAUGUAUUGUUGGUGCAUAUGGAAUGAGUAAAUUCACUUGCAUCAUUAUGUCUCUAUUAUUCAGGUAUGUCAGUCCACUCCCUCUUCCCACCUCGAAACUCUUUAUAGCUUAGUUCUUCACUACAAAUUUUGUAAGAACUAUAAAAGCUCAAAUUCAACUAUUGUAUUUUAGUUGUUCAAAGCAAUAAAACAGCAACUAGUUGAGUGAGCGGCUCGUACUACUUGAAGUGCUUGAUUCAAUUUAUUGUUAGGUGCCUAGACAGAGGCCUUUAUAUAUAAUUUUUAACUGAAAACAAGUAAUAUGAUGUUUAGUGUGGAUGUUCUCUUCUAUGACAAAAGAGAGUAAUAAUUUCAUGUUCUUUUGCUCUUCUUUUGUCAGGAGGAAUUAUAUUGCCUAUUGCUAGGGGAAGAAGUUGCUAGAAUCCAAUACUGUGAGAGUGUAAAUUUUGGAGUUUCUUUGUAAUUGCAUUGCUUAUUUCCCAAGUUUUGUAAUCAAGUUGUUGGUUCCGAUAUCGUUGAACAUUCAUGACGUAUGGAUCUUCUAAUUUGCAGGCUCCUAUGACAUCUUUCAAACUCAACAAAGGAAAAAAGAUUGAGCUACAUGAUUGACCUCAAAGCAGAGAGAAUUAAUCAUUUUGAUGAGGUAUAUAUGGUGAGAAUCAAGUUUAAUCGAACUAUCCUUGGGACUGAUUUUUACUAGAAGAUAACCUCAUAUUUCAUAAUGUCAUUCAUUGUUGGCAUACAAAAGCUCAAUCAUUAAACAACUUAUGAAAUAAAAGGGUGGUCGAUUAAGAGAGGAAGAAUGGAUUCAAAAGUUGAUCUCCACUUCCCGCGCUUUCGAAGGCUUCAAUCAUGACUCAAAGAACAAGUUGGUUUAUUUAAAGGUUUUGGAAUCUCCUUGCAUGUUGUGGAAGUGUAUUUAGCUUCUAAAUAAAAGUAGAAUUCAAAUCCAGUAUCAACUUUCAAUUACUACAAAUUGCCACUCAAAUCUCCUUACAACCUUUCUAUUAGUUGUUUCUUUAUGCUUCUUCAAUGAUACUAUUAACAUUAUUUUAUGUUACUUUUGAUGUAAUCAUUUUCUAAUAUUUGUCUAUUUGGAUAUUGUAAUUUUUGGAUGAAACAUGAGUCGUUUCUUCUA